AUGCCGCAAAACUUUAACGUCGUAACCUGUAACAUCUGUGGUCAACCGUACACGUUACCAGAAGAUGAAGUUUUGGGGAAUCUCCCGCACGUGCUCCUGUGCAGUCACAUCUUCUGCACCUCGUGCCUGCGUUCGCUCGAGACGCCGCAGAACAUUAUCGCGUGCCCGGAAUGCAAGAUGGAAACAACUGUGGGUGAGGACGGUGUGGAAGGACUUCAGGUGGACAGCAGGAUCAUUGGACUCAUAUACACCACCAAGAUGAACAUAAAGAAAAGGCAGGCUCGCGGAACACGAUCAAACGAGUUGCCUCUAGGGCUAGCUGUAGAAAAAGAUGCAGAGUUGGAUGAAGCUCUGUCUCAAGCUGUAGAAAACCUGGCUCAACUCAAUACAUUGCAACAGACCCUGGUGAACGGUAUGCAGGUCCAGGUGAGGAAGGAAAAGAGUCGACUUUUAAAAGAAAUUGAUGAAGCUACAGAGAGAGCUGUGGGCAUCCUCUAUAGAAGGCGGAGCAUGCUGGUGUCAGAGUUGAAUGGAAUAGAUCAGACUUUCACUCUCAGUCGCCAAGUGUGUGAGCGUGUGCAGGAGAGACAGAAAGAACUUCAGACGUCCAUACAGAAAGCCCGACACGUUCGGCAAGUCCCCUCUCUGGAAAACUACUGUGAGCUGGACAAGGUGCUUGAGACUCUACAGAGCCCAGUGGAUGUUCAGUCCUAUGAUCUUAGCUGCCUGUCCCUGGGCUCCGGCCUCAGCUUGUCUGCCGAGGGCUCUGCGUCUCAGCCGGGGCAGCCGCAUGGCUCCUCCAGACAUGCUCAGAGGAGCAGAGGUACAGAGGAGCGCAGAGCUAGAGGGCCCCGCCACCGAGAGGGCAGCUUUUCCCAGCAAAGGCAAACGCAGGAGGGCAGGAGACAGGAGAGCAGGAGACAGGACAGGCAGGCCGGUCGGAGCAGCACUCCCCCACAGACUGACUGUCACUCCCCAAGUGUCAUCAUAGAGGAGAUCAUAGAGGAGACUGACAUGGGUACACAGAGAGCGCCCCUGAAGCAGCCGGAGAGACAGAGGCAGCAGAGAAAGAACCACAGAAAUCUAUUGGACAAGCCACCUGUCCGUAAAUCCAAAAUAUUGCAGGAGUGGGUGGUGGUGACCCAUGUGGAAAACCCAACACAUUUCUAUGUGCGUCAUGUGGCGGAGCAGAAAGCUGGAACUCUGUUGAGUAAAAAGAUAACCACUCUCUGCUCUGGAGCCCGGAGUCUGUUCACAUCCAGUGACCACAUCAAAAUAGAUUCGCUGGUGUUCAUGCGGUGGAAGGAGACUCUGUGGUGUCGAGCUGUGGUGUGUGAACUCUAUCAGAGAGGUCAUUUGGAGAGUGUGACGGUGUGUCCUGUCUCUGAGGUCGCACGCCUUCGAGGCUUUUUCCAGGACUACGGUUUCACCCAAGGACUCACGCUCUCAGGGUCAGGGGACUGUGUGUGUCUGAACGAGUCUCUGCGGAAGGCGGAUGUAGCUGUCCAAUCAGAGAUGAGCCGUUGGGCUCCUCAGGCCAUCAAAUGUGCCCUCAAAGACAUCAUCCCCACAGACAUGGCCAAAGGCUGGAGUCCUGAGGCAUGUAAGGAGUUCCGGCGUGUGAUUGGUCGGAGUGCCGUGGAGAUGCAGGUGUUUGAUCAGGAGAGUGACAUCCUAUUGGUGGACCUGAGGAAAGCUCCCAUGGACCAGAGCACAGGCAGCAUGCCCCUGUCCCUACGGGAAUACCUCGUCUAUAUGGAACUGGCCAAGUUUUAUUCCCCUGUUGCUACACAUGUGGGUUGGAAGCCACUCCAGUUCUGCCCUCCUGUUUACCCCAAACCAAACGUGGAGACGAACGCUAUUGUGUCACACAUCAACACACCCGGUGACUUUUACAUACAACUGGUGGACAACACUGAGUUUUUCCUGCUGAACUCUAAGCUGCAGGACUGUUAUGGUUGGGCGGGCAUUGAGGGGGCGGGACAUCAGCUCCACACCCCUGUGCAAGACCAGGCCUGUGUGGCACUCUAUGAUGACAAACUGUGGUACAGAGCCCAAGUCACCGGGUUUCCUGGUGAACAGAUGGUGGAGGUUCAGUUUGUAGAUUUUGGUAAUAAGAAAACCCUCCCUGUGGAGGGCCUGAGACACAUUAAGGAUGAGUUCUUUGCCCUUCCAGCCAUGGCUGUGAGAUGUUGUUUGGCUGGUCUCUUGAGUUUGGAGGAGACCUGGAACCGAGAGAGCAUUGAGAGGUUUCGCUCUCUGACUGAACAGAAACUGGUCACUGCUGUGACGAGUGAGUUUCUCCCUCACACUAAUGCUUUGCCGGUGUAUCUGUAUGAUGUCACUGACUCCACCAAACAGCCCGUCAGCAUUGCAGAUAUCAUGGUGAAAGAGGGACUGGCUGUGCAAGGGAAACAAUCUCCGCUAGAGGCCCCCCUGGCUCCGCACACAGAUGUGUGGGACCCCCCCUUUGACCAGGGCUCUCUGACCACGGACGAGCUGGCGCCCCCUCCCGCAGACCCCCCUGAGCAGUGUUUCUCCCUCACCCUGCCAGCCUGUCUCAGAGACCUGCCGGUCCGAGUCACCCACGUCAUCUCGCCCGGGAGCAUCUACGUCCAGCUCCUGCAGUCUGACGCACAACUCAAGAGGCUGCAUGACUUGCUGAAGACGGAGUUCAACAAGUCCAAACCACAGGAGGUGGAGUGGGAAGCAGACAUGUUCUGUGCUGCCUGUAUCAGCGGGGUUUGGGAGAGAGGCAAACUGUGCAGUGUUUCCUCCACUGACAUAGCAGAGGUUUUGCGUUGCGACUUUGGUAACAAAGUGAAUGUCCACAUUAGCAACCUCAGGCCCCUCCCACCUGAUCUGAUUGGAUCACUCUUCCUGGAGUGUUGCCUUAGUGAUGUCAGACCAGCUGGAGGCGGUUCCACCUGGACGGCGACCGCCUGUGACUUCGUCUCCUUCUACCUGGAGGGAGCCAUGGCUGUCAUGACCCUAAAAGAGCGACCACCUGCCGACCCGAUGUUCGCCAAGCCGGUGCCCGUCUCUCUGUACUGCCCCAACCGGGCGGGGCAGGACGUCAGCAUGGCAGACAUCCUCGUUAGUGAGGGCUUAGCUCUCAGAGAGAGGACGGCAAGGUACGUGUGCGUUGUGAAACCGCCUCUUUCGGACUCGGCAGAAACACUCCCCGAGAUGGGAGAGGCUCCUGCAGAUGUGGAGGAGAACACAGCUGAGAAAAGGAGGGAGGAGGGACUAGCUCCUGCUCCUGUGACUGUGCCGCCUAAACCUGCUCCCCGGACCACCCCUCCCCCUGAGAGAGUGAGAACCCAGGCCUACGCCCCUCCCGAAAUGCCACACUGCACACAGACCGUGGUCACUGUCUCUGCUGUCACAGACGACGGGAUCAUCUACACCAUGACCCCUCAAGCAGAGCGGGAGUUCGAGCGACUCCAGGAGCGACUCCAGCAGCACAUUAAAAGCCUCCCCAAGCCGAAGCACUACAGCUGGAGGAGCGUGCUGGGCUGUGCCGUCAUGGGUCCGGACAUGCUGUGGUACAGAGGACAGGUGCAGGAGGUCAUUGGAGGUCAGGUGAAGGUGCAGUACGUGGACCAGGGCCUGGUGGAGAAUAUUCCGGUGUGUCAUGUCUAUCCGAUGGUUCUGUGUGGGGAUGUGCCACAGCUGUGUGUGCCAUGUCAGCUGAGUGGAGUCACCCCGGUUGGGAGAGUAUGGCAGCGGGAUGCUGUGGCUCUAAUGAAGGAGUUACUGCUGAACCGCUCUGUCAACAUCCACAUCACGGAGCUGCCUGAAGAGCCACGGGGGCUGGUCAGCGUUGACAUUAAUGUGGAUGAAAUGCCUCUGAGCAGGAUCAUGGUUCACCAUCAGCACGCUGUCUUCAACUCAGGACACACAGACCAGGAUUAUGUGGUGAAGCCAUCAGUGCCUGAUUUAGAUUACUGGGACUUAAACACUGAGGGGAUGAAUGACCUUGCGCCUGUUUUGGGGGUGUACACGGAGCCCAAACUUCCCGAUAAAGGAAAACAUUUUAGGGUCAGGAUCAAACACAUCCGCACACCAAACGAGGUGUUCUUGUGUUUGCUGGAUAAAACAGCAUGUGAACAGGAAGAGGCGGAGUCUCUGGAGGAAGCUCUUAGGCGUGUGAAUGAGGAAGUGAAUACCCUGCCCCGCCUGACAGACUUUCCCUUAGAGGGACCGUGUCUGGCUGAGUACAGUGAUGGUCAAUAUUACCGAGCAAAGCUGGUUGGAUUUUCUACAGUCAGUCCUGACGUCCAGAUCCUGGUCAGACACGUGGACUUUGGCUCAGACGACACCUUACCUCCGCACAGGCUGCGUCAGCUGCCCGCGUCUCUGCUGCGUUUCCCCUGUGCGGCGGUGUCUGUGCGUCUGGCCGGGUUUAAGCCGCCGCGCGUGUGCCUGGAGGAGGAGCGCCUGUCCUAUCGGCCUGAGUGGAGCAUGAGAGCCAUGAUGGAGAUGAUAGACCUGUUGCAUGGCAACCUCAGCGCCGUGACGACCGCAACAGAGCCGAGGCUGACUGUCUUCCUGUACAACGCAGACGGAUCUCUGGUCCACGUUCCCUUAGUGGAGAAAGGCUUGGCAGAUUAUGAGUGA